AUGUUCCGUAAAACAAUUGUCGAAGACGACUCUCAUGAUACAGAGGUUCUUGAAGAGAAUUCUAGAAAUAUUAUUGUGGGAAUUAUCAGUCAGUUGAGAAAGGACAUGGACCUAUCAAGAGUGGCCUUGCCUACAUUUAUUCUCGAACCCCGGAGUAUGCUGGAAAAAAUUACUGAUUUCAUGGCACACCCUGAUAUUCUAUUAGAAGCAAGUAAGACAAUAGAUCCCGUCGAUCGUUUUGUUGAAAUUGUACGGUACUUUAUGUCAGGCUGGCAUGGGGUUAAGAAGCCCUAUAACCCUGUUCUUGGCGAGUUCUUCCGUUGCCAAUGGCAGUUUAGAGACCAAACGAAAGCGUACUAUGUGGCCGAGCAAAUAUCCCAUCACCCACCUAUUUCGGCCUAUUACUUUGGAAGUCCAGAUAACGGGAUCCACAUCGAAGGAGAAAUUCAUCCAAAAGCACGCUUCCUUGGUAACAGUGCCGCAUCUAUAAUGCAAGGGUAUUCACGUAUUCAUUUUACACGCUUCUCGGAAGAAUACCACAUCACCAGUCCAAAUGUUUAUGCUCGUGGAAUUUUAUGCAAGUACCACGUUCUUAUGUUCGGAAAGAUGACUAUGGAACUCGGAGACCGUGCAAUAAUCCGAUGCGAAGCCAAUGAUUUGGUGUGCGAAAUCGACUUUAAGGCAAAGGGUGUAUUUUCAGGGCAAGCCAAUCUAAUUUCUGGAAAAAUCAAACGCGAAUCGACCAGCCAAGUACUAUACGAACUUUCGGGCGCGUGGAACAGUCAUAUCUUCAUCCACAAAGCCAAAAAGCCAUCUUCUCCAAUCUCUUUUUUUCAUGUUCAAACAGCCAGCAAGCCUGUUCCAAAACGAGUUGAUCCAGAGGAACAGCAAGAUCUUAAUGAGUCAAGAAGACUUUGGGCAAAGGUAACUGCAGCCAUCAAAGCCAAUGAUAUGGAUUUGGCACGUGAUGAGAAACAAUGGAUUGAAGAUAGCCAGCGUGUGGAGACUACCAAACGUCAAAAACAGUCAUUAGUGUGGCAACCACGAUUCUUUGUUGCCACAGGUACAGAUUAUCGCUUCAAGGGAUCUAUGGCAAUUCAGCCCAGACAAACUCAACAAGAUCUCGAAUCAUGGAUAUUUGGCCCAUUGAGCUCAACCUCAAGAUCGACUCAGGAGAUCCUGCAAGAACGCCGUCCUGUCCAGGCUGAGCUUACUGUUGUUGCCGUUUAA